GGAGCAACACCGGCGGCGGGGCGGGGGGGUCCCAUAGGUGAACUCGUUCUUAGAGGCGAGAGCAGCGGUGGGCCGUAAGGCUGCGUUAUUCCCGCAGCCGUUGAUUCCGAGGUUUUUUUUUGUUUUAAAUUCCAAUGGGUGAUGAAAAGGAUUCUUGGAAAGUGAAAACUUUAGAUGAAAUUCUUCAGGAAAAAAAACGAAGGAAGGAGCAAGAGGAGAAGGCAGAGAUAAAGCGCAUGAAAAACUCAGAUGAUAGGGAUUCAAAGCGGGAUUCUCUCGAAGAGGGGGAGUUGAGGGAUCACCGCAUGGAAAUAACCAUCAGAAACUCACCUUACAGGAGGGAAGACUCUAUGGAAGACAGAGGAGAGGAGGACGAUUCCUUGGCUAUAAAACCACCACAGCAAAUGUCGCGGAAAGAAAAAACCCAUCAUAGAAAAGAUGAGAAGAGGAAAGAGAAACGCAGACAUCGCAGUCACUCAGCAGAAGGGAAACAUGCCAGAGUGAAAGAGAAAGAACGGGAACAUGAGCGUAGGAAGAGACAUAGAGAAGAGCAGGAUAAAGCCCGUCGUGAAUGGGAAAGACAGAAACGGAGAGAAAUGGCAAGGGAGCAUUCCAGGAGGGAGAGAGAUCGCCUGGAGCAACUUGAGAGGGAACGAGAGAGAAAAAUCCGAGAGCAGCAGAAGGAACAAAGGGAGCAAAAGGAACGGGAAAGGCGAGCUGAAGAGAGACGUAAGGAACGGGAAGCCAGGAGAGAAGUUUCUGCACACCAUAGAACAGUGAGGGAAGAAUAUGGAGACAAAGUAAAAAUGAGACCCUGGAGUCGCAGCCCAUUACGACAGCAGAGAGACAAGCUUGAGCAAGGAGAUAGCAGGAAACCAGCAGUGAAAGAAGAGAAACCAGAAGAGAGAGAUCCUCUUUCAGACUUGCAAGACAUCAGUGACAGUGAGAGAAAAACCAGCUCAGCAGAGUCUUCAUCAGAAUCUGGAUCAGGCUCAGAAGAAGAGGAGGAAGAGUCUAGCAGUGAAGGCUCUGAGGAAGAGGGAGAAGAAGAGGAGGAGGAAGAGGAGACAGGAAGCAAUUCUGAGGAAGUGUCUGAGCAGUCAGCUGAAGAGGUGAGCGAAGAAGAAAUGAGUGAAGAGGAGGAACGGGAGAAUGGAAACCACAUCCCAGUUGUUACAGAGUCGAGAUUUGACAGAGAUUCAGCAGGAAGUGAAAUAGAAGAGGAGGAAGUAGGGGAGGGAACCCCCCAGUCCAAUGCAAUGACAGAAGGAGACUAUGUUCCUGACUCACCAGCUUCCUCCCCCAUUGAACUGAAACAAGAGCUGCCCAAGUAUCUUCCUGCACUUCAGGGAUGUCGUAGCGUGGAGGAAUUUCAGUGUUUGAACAGGAUUGAAGAAGGAACGUAUGGUGUGGUGUACAGAGCAAAAGACAAGAAGACUGAUGAGAUUGUGGCUCUGAAGCGACUGAAGAUGGAAAAGGAGAAGGAAGGCUUCCCCAUUACUUCUCUGAGAGAAAUAAACACCAUUCUGAAAGCACAGCAUCUGAAUAUUGUCACUGUCAGAGAAAUUGUCGUAGGCAGCAAUAUGGAUAAAAUCUACAUUGUAAUGAACUACGUAGAGCACGAUCUCAAGAGUCUGAUGGAAACCAUGAAGCAACCAUUCCUACCAGGUGAAGUGAAAACCCUGAUGAUUCAGUUGCUGCGAGGAGUCAAGCACCUGCACGACAACUGGAUACUUCACCGGGACCUGAAAACUUCCAACCUGCUGCUCAGUCAUUCAGGCAUUUUAAAAGUUGGAGAUUUUGGACUAGCCCGAGAAUAUGGAUCUCCACUGAAGCCCUACACACCAGUGGUUGUGACACUUUGGUAUAGGGCUCCGGAGUUGUUGCUUGGAGCAAAGGAGUAUUCAACAGCGAUAGACAUGUGGUCAGUGGGGUGUAUAUUUGGAGAGCUGUUAACGCAGAAACCGCUGUUUCCAGGGAAGUCAGAGAUUGACCAGAUUAACAAAGUUUUUAAGGAUCUGGGUACUCCAAGUGAAAAAAUAUGGCCUGGUUACAAUGAGCUGCCAGCAGUCAAGAAGAUGACAUUCACUGAGUAUCCCUACAACAACCUGCGCAAGAGAUUUGGAGCCCUCCUCUCUGAUCAGGGGUUUGAUCUGAUGAACAACUUUCUGACCUACUACCCAGCACGAAGAAUUACUGCUGAGGAUGGGCUGAAGCACGAGUAUUUCCGGGAGACUCCACUUCCCAUCGACCCCUCCAUGUUUCCCACCUGGCCAGCAAAGAGUGAACAGCAAAGGGUGAAACGUGGCACCAGCCCUCGACCACCUGAGGGAGGCCUUGGAUACAGUCAGCUGGGUGAUGAUGAUCUGAAGGACACAGGUUUUCAUCUGACCACCACCACUCAAGGAGCAUCUGCUGCAGGACCUGGCUUCAGCCUCAAGUUUUAAACUCAAUGUGAAGAGGAUUAAAACACAAAAGAACCAUUCAUGUGAGUGGAUUUCUGAGUGCCCCAGUUCAGUUCUUCACAUCAGGGAGAGUAGAUUCACAGGGGAAAAGUCAAAUGUCAUCACAGAUGCAAAGGCUCUUGCUGGAUGUGGAGUAUGACUGCUGCAUUCCAUUAGAGGACUGGAAUUAACCUGAAAAGCCAAGGAUUAUUACAAAAUUUGACAAAGCAAAACUUGAAGUUCAAUCCUGGAACAGUUUCUGGUUUAUUUUUAAGUUUUGUUGGGUUUAUUUUGUUGGUUUUUUUUUCCUUGUAAAUUUGUAGAAUUAAAAUACAUUUUUAAUUGCUUAACAGGAGGAAGGAUUUCAUUUCUUCACUUGCAGCAAACUUGGAUGGGGGUGCCAUUAAGUCUUCUAGAACGUAAACUUAUCUGUGCUGACACUAUUACAGCAUAUUGUCAACCUGGGCAAACAACCCUUUCUUACUGUGUUUGCUGUUAGUAAAUUGAAGGUGUCUGAAUAUAGUUCAGGACAAAAACUCCAUUCCAGUCCUGAGGUUUCCUUCCUGUUAGGCUUUUGAUACUCCUCCCUGGCAGUAUUUUUGGGUGCUCUGCUGAGCUGACUGUGGUUUGUUGUGCUGUAUACAUGUAUUUACAGUGGUGCUGGUGUAAAAGGAGUACUCUAUUGUUUUGUAAAUCAAAAAGAUUUCAUAUGGAGACUUUGAAACUUUAUUUUCUAUAGGAAGUUCUUUUAAAUACACCCCUUUUUCAUAAAAAGAAGAGCUCAGUUUUACUGACUGUAUAAUGCCAUAUUCCAGUCCUUUCUCCUGAGGAAUCACGUUGGAGUCUCACAUCCUUUUGGGUCUCUGAUUUACAAUGCUGCUGUUCUUUUCUGGGAACAGGAAGAUUUGGAAAAUACUGAGGUAUUUGUGCAAUCAGAGCUAGGCACCAGUCCAAUAAAAGGAUUAACUUAAAAUAUACUGAAACUGAUAGAAUGUUUAUAAUUUAAGAGGUUUUUCCUGGGUAAAGGCCUUGGAACUGGAAUUUGGAUGUACUAAAAUUGUGGUAAAUUUUGGAACUAGUUGGAUUUGUUUGGUUUGGGGUUUUUCUGUGGAGGAAUGCAGAACUGUUUUCUCUUUAGGCCCAACUGGUUGUCUGGUGCUGAAGGAAAACCAGUUUAGUACUGGCCUGUUAACUGAAAUGUACAUGAUUUUAGCAAGAUUUCCUCCUAGGUGGACAUCAGUAACACCUACUACAAAGCAGGGUGUUAUUGCAACAUCUCCUAGAGUACAGGAAAAGAGAACCAUGGGCUGUGCUAAGAGUGUGCAUAUUUUGUGUUUCAGGCUGUGCAUCUUUCUUGCACUCUGUGAUUUAUUUCCUUCGUACCUUCCUUGGCAUUGCUGCAGUCAGGGAAAAGGCUGAACCUAAGGAAAGAGCAAUGCAGGUGCUUUAAUCCUGCUAAAUGUCUUGACUGUCAGGAGUUCCUUACUGUGAGGGAAUGCUCCAUCACUGUUGACACUGGAGUGCACUGGGUGUUGCCAGCCAAUACUAACAAGAUUUUCCUGUUGGAUGUGGCACAUUUAGUUCAUGGUUUGGUUACUGGGGGAGGAUAGUGAUGGAAAUUACCUCAUCUCUGUUGAAGGUGGCAAGAGGCUUAUUGAUCAGACACCUGAAGGAUACGUUAGAGCUGCUGACAGAGGUAAACAGCCUCAGGGAUGAGAUUACAUGAGUAAUAAAUACAAACCACAGGAAAGUGGGUGGAGGUACAAAAGGUGUCCUGUGGAUACUGGAACUAAGCCUGUCAAUAUGUGGAAUGGCAUCAUUAGAAAGGGUUUGGUGACAAAUAAAAGGUAAUAUUGGAUCUUAUACUUUUUUCAAGUUCUGCUAUUGCUAUGUACCAGGAUCUAAAAGACAAAGGUCAGCAAAACACUUACAGAGUGUAACUGGUUGUUUUCCUUCCACAAUACCUCUGCCUCCAUUGCAGCAGCUGGGCCAGCAAUCCAUCCAUCAGUUCCUUUGAUGAAGUGACAUUCCUGUUUUCCAGCAGUCUGUGGAGUUUCACACUUUAACUGCAAAAUCUGAUACUUCAUAAAAAACAACUCUUUUAAUUCUCUGUACAGAACAUACUUGAUAAAUUCUUUAUCAUUAAAAGUAAUUUGGAAAAGUUUUA